AUGCUUAAGUGUCCAUGUCAACGUUGUUGCCUUGUUAAAUACAAGUGUAGAGUAGACAUUGAAGGUGAUUUGAUGUGUCAUGGUUUUCUAUACACCUAUACGAAUUGGUUUCUACACGGUGAAGACAUUGAAGCUCACUCUGAAGCAGUUAGUGUAGAUCAUCAAGAAAGUGUGGAUCAGAUUGAUAGUUCAACCAUGAAUUUACUUGCUAAGAUUUUUCCAAGUAUGGAUACAGAUAGAGCUAGUUCUUCAAUGGAUACAGAGCCACAAAUGGAUCCUCCGAAUGAGAUACCAGAUGGUAGUUCUUCUCCAAGCAUGGAUACAGAGCCACAAAUGGAUCCUCCGAAUGAGAUACCAGAUGGUAGUUCUUCUCCAAGCAUGGAUACAGAUCCUUUGAAGCAGAAAAAGGCAUUUGAUGAGCUGAUGUCUGAUUGUAAUCAAGCGUUAUACGAAGGUUCUUUCCAACAUGCUAAAUUUCCGGAGUCGUUUAGUGAUAUGAAGAAAACAAUUCACAAGCUAGGGUUAACAUAUGAGACAAUCCAUGCGUGUCCUAAUGACUGCAUGUUGUAUUGGGGGGAAGACUCAGCUAAAGAGAAAUGUAAAGUUUGUGAAUCGUCAAGAUGGAAGACAUCAGAAGUAGUUGAUGAUGAAGAAUCAGGGAAGAAGAAGAAGAAGAGAAAGAAGAAACAAGCUGUUAAGAUUCUUAGAUAUUUUCCUCUUAAGCCUCGCUUGCAACGUUUGUUCAUGUCUUCACAUACGGCUGAUCAUAUGAGGUGGCAUGCUGAUUCCGAGAGCAAAGAUGGUAAACUAAGACAUCCUCGAGAUGGAUUGGCGUGGAAGACAUUCAACCAGCAGUUUCAUGAGUUUGCAUCAGAAUCAAGAAAUGUUAGGCUAGGUUUAGCAACUGAUGGUUUUAACCCCUUUGGCACAAUGAGUUUGAGCUAUAGCGUAUGGCCUGUGAUCUUAGUUCCUUACAACCUCCCUCCAUGGAUGUCUAUGAAGCAGACUUCAAUGAUUCUUUCUAUGAUCAUUUCUGGAAAACACAUGCCAGGAAACGAUAUUGAUGUAUAUCUCUAG